AUGGAAACUGCCUUCUGUGGGAGAAUCGGUCUCUCACCCAAUCCCGUCUUCAAUCCCAAGCCAGGGGAUAAACACUCUCUAUGUCGAGGGAGAUGUAACGUCCGUGGGAUUCUCAUGGCAGUAUCAGCAGCAGCGCCAGGUAAAGGGGGAGGUGUACUGGACAGACCAGUGAUUGAGAAAACCACUCCUGGCCGUGACUCUGAGUUUGACUUGAGGAAAUCGAGGAAAAUGUCACCCCCUUAUCGUGUGAUGCUGCACAAUGACAAUUUCAACAAACGGGAAUACGUAGUCCAAGUGCUGAUGAAGGUUAUACCCGGGAUGACGGUGGAUAAUGCAGUCAACAUAAUGCAAGAGGCACAUAUCAAUGGGUUAGCAGUGGUGAUUAUAUGUGCCCAAGCUGACGCGGAGGAUCAUUGCACACAGCUGAGAGGGAACGGUCUGUUGAGUUCAAUUGAACCUGCGAGCGGUGGAUGUUGA